UCGCUCCCUGUUCCAAGAAGAGCAUACGACAUGCCAAAGGUGGGCUAAAAUCCAGCAAAAGAAGCACCUGCUGGAAUGCUUUGCUUUCGAAUCCACCAAGGCUCCAGAGCAUCUCCGUCUUAGCCGCAACAAGCCUAAACCUCCUUCAGAAGCCGCAUUACGUCAAAACCAACUUCGAGCAGAGCUUACUCUUGCCCUCAAUAAGUUGAUUGAACCUUACCUUUGAGGUGGAAAGCUAUACAAGGGUGAUGCUCAUCCCAAAACAGCAAAUAUGCAAGCAUCUUUUGCCAAGAAAGAGUAUUGCGGGGGCAUUCAUCUGACUUUCAACCGCACGCUGGAUAGUAAGGUCACUGAUACCAUUCUAGAAAAGGGGCCCAGUUCUUUAACAAACAAUGAAGUCAAAGACUGGAUUGACGAUAUCCAAAUGAAGAGAUAUACCAUCAUUAGAGUUGACAAGGCAGCCCAAGCCAAGUCUGAUGUCAAAGUGGAUAUUAACUUGGCAGCAAAUGAGGAUGAGGAUGUUGGUAUGAAAGCUAAUGAAGAUGAUGAAACGGAUGGUGCAACUUGAUUUGUACUAUUGACUUCCAUGAUUACCAUGAACCGCUAAGAUUUGCUUCUAUUAUUUCUUUGUCCGUCAUCUUAAAAUCCCAGACUCCCUACCUUUGUCUCUUAUCUUGCCAUCUAUUCUUUUGUUGUCUGUAUCCUUAAAGAUUCUUCAUUCAUUGUGUAAGUAUCAUGAUUUGCUCUCC